AUUAGAUUACGAUCGAUCCUCUCUAGGCUCUAGUUCAUCUGCGGUGCUAAUAGCUUUUGUUCUUACAGUUUCGAAGGCUAUGGUUUAUAGUAUCUAGUGUGUCUGCGAGUGUUUGUGUGUGCUUGGACGCGAGCGUUCGUGUUCCUCUUUUGUGUUGUUUUUCACCGGUUCUUUAGCUAGAGAAAACCCAGAGAGGUCAACGCCGCUUCAGAUCACUCGAUGUGCAACAUGCCAAGGCGAUAUCUCUGCGAGAUUGUUCUUGUUUUGCUCGCGCUGCAAGCGAUCCUGGCUCGCGGCAGAUUCAAUAGCGAUGAGAAACUAUGCUGCAGUGACGAGCCACCCGCGAGGAGCGGCGCCAAAGAAUCCUUCCAGAAGCACAAGGCAGCAAGAGCACCGAGAACAUCGAGCACAGCUAUGGACAAGACAGUGGUUGGAUCAACGCCUCCGAGCUGCCUGAACAAAUGCGCCUCUUGCACACCGUGUCAGCUCGUCAAGGCUCUGGGGGAGGACAAGAAGAUCGGAUCGAGCCCCCCGAGCUGCAAUAACAAGUGCAACGCUUGCGUUCCUUGCCAGGCGGUGCAAACACCCAUGUCGUCCUCGAAUCCCCGCGAAGAACACCAAGAACAGCCGCGUGAAGAGCGCGAUAAUCAAGACGAUCGCGAGGUCGGGGAGCACUUCAUUGUUGGGUUCUCAAACUACAUGCCAGAGACUUGGAAGUGUAAAUGUGGCAACCAGUUCUUUAGUCCGUAAGUAGAGCUUAGCUAUCUCCAAAAUAAAAGGAAACUUUGAUAGAGUUUGAUCUA